AUGAGGUUUAUGCAAACUGUUUCUGGACAGAGCAAACCUGCAAUCCAAGAACCCAGGGGUCUGAGGAAGGAGGAUCAUAUUAAUUUCAUUUUUCCCAUUUUCCUAUUUCAAAGGUGUCCUAGGAAAAUAGAAACACAAAAUUUAACACCAGUCCCUGAAUUCCAUCUCAGAUUCUCAGAUGAUCCAGAACUGGAGUCUGUACUCUUUGGACUGUUGCUAUCCAUGUACCUGGUCACAGUGUUUGGUAACCUAUUCAUCAUCUUGGCUGUCUGGUCCAACUCCCACCGCCAUACACCCAUGUACUUCUUCCUCUCCAACCUAUCCUUCACUGACAUUUGUUUCAUUUCUACCAUGGUCCCAAAGGUGAUUAUUGAUGUUCAAACUCACAGCAGAGUCAUCUCCUAUGUGGGCUGCCUGACACAGAUGUCUCUUUUUAUCAUGUUUGCCUGUAUGGACAGUAUGAUCCUAACUGUAAUGGCUUAUGACCGGUUUGUGGCCACAUGUCAUCUCCUGAAUUACCCAGUCAUCAUGAAUUCUCGUCUCUGUGUUUUCUUAGUUCUGUUGUCUUUUGUGGUUAGCUUCUUGGAAGUGCAGCUGCAUAUUUUGGUUGCAAUGCAGAUUACCAAUUUCAAGAAUGUGGAAAUUGCUAAUUUCUUCUGUGACCCUUCUCAAGUACUUGACCUGUCCUGUACUAACACAUUUGUAAAUAACAUAUUUAAAUAUUUUAUUGCUACUGUGUAUGGAUUUUUCCCAAUCUCAGGGAUCUUUUUCUCCUACUAUAAAAUUGUUUACUCCAUUCUGAGGAUCCCCUCAUCAGGAAGGAAAUAUAAGGCUUUCUCUACAUGUGGGUCUCACCUACCAGUGGUCUGCUUAUAUUUUGGAACAGGACUUGGAGUGUAUGUUGGAUCGGCAGUAUCACAUUCUCCCAGAAACAGUGCAAUGGCCUCAGCAAUGUACACCGUGGUCACUCCUCUUCUGAAUCCCUUCAUCUACAGUCUGAGGAACAGGGAUAUCACAAGUGCCCUAUGGAGAAUUUGCAACAGAAUAAUUUAA